AGGAUUUGGUGUUUUUAUGUAGACGUGAAGACACUGCAGCCUAAAGAUGACAAAGUGAGUGUGAAACGUUAUCCAAAAAGAUUGACAACAACAACUACGACAACGUUGAGAUGGCAAAAAGCACAGAAGUGAAGAUUGCUGUUUUUGGCAGAGCUGGAGUUGGAAAAUCUGCUCUUCUGGUGAGGUUCCUAACAAAACGCUUCAUUUGGGAAUACGACCCGACUUUAGAAUCUACCUAUCGGCAUCAGACCACAAUAGACGAUGAAGCGGUUGCCAUGGAGUUACUGGACACUGCCGGUCAGGAAGACCCUUUGCAGAGAGAAGGCCACAUCCGCUGGGGAGAAGGCUUUAUCAUCGUGUAUGAUAUCACGGACAGAGGAAGCUUCCAAGACGUAAUGACCUUCAAGAAUCUCUUAGAUGAAGUAAAGAAACCGAAAAAUGUCACAUUUAUCCUGGUGGGAAAUAAAGCCGAUCUCAGCCAUUCCCGACAAGUCAGUACUGAAGAAGGUGAGAAACUGGCGUCAGAACUGGCGUGCGCCUUCUAUGAGUGCUCCGCCUGCACCGGGGAAGGAAAUAUCACCCAAGUGUUUUAUGAGCUUUGUCGCGAAAUAAGACGACGGAAAAUGAUUCAAGGAAAAACCAGAAGGAGAAGCUCAACCACUCACGUGAAACAGGCGAUCAACAAAAUGUUAACCAAAAUUAGCAGCUGAAGACGGAGGAACAAUCAUGAAGGGAAAAUGGGGGAGGGGGGGAGCUUAUGUAUUCCAUUCAAUGACGAGUGCGCUAAAGAAAUUACUUCUUUCUACAUUGUAAAUACCUAAAUGUGUUGUCCCUGACUGCGAUCCUAUAUACAUCAACAACAACUUGUGCCCAGUGACCACCCCCACGCUUCCUGCAGGACUCAAUCGCGCGCUUUCAUGAUGUAAGAACAGGUCCAGCGACAUCAUUUUGGCUUUUCUGUGUUUUUAAUCUCUAACAGGUCAUUUCUCGUUUCCUAUGGCCAGUGGUAUCUCCCAUAAGUUAGUCCACCCCAUAUAUAUAUAUAUAUAUAUAUAUAAAAAUGUAUUUACAAAUAUACAGCAUCCCCUAUAAUCCACCAUAUAUAUAUUUA